AUGAAUGAAAUUCCCAAUCCUCGUCUCUCGAUAUUGCCAGCCCCACUCAACCUCAGAAGCAAGGAGAGAAAUUAUCAAACACAAUACCCUUCAACUGGCUUCAGUGCAACUCACUUGUUUCAAUCCGCUUGGGAGAAUCAAGACUAUCAAGCUCGAUCUUCUCGUCACUCUCAGACUGCGGAAACGACCUCGCCGGUAUCACCGCUUGGCGAAGGGGAUGUAUGUAGUCUGGAUUCUCCUGUUUCACCGAUAUCUCAAACCAGGAUUGCAACCAAAGGCGUUGGCCGUUUUGAAUUCCAAAUCCAAAUCACCAAGGAUACAACUGUCGAAGAGUGUCUCAAAAUCCGUUCCUUCAGACUACGAGCUUUAGCCACCACCACCCCUACUACUACUACUACUACUACUACUACCACCACCACGAGAACUCUUAUUAGAGACACGAAAGACAAGCUUGGAAUCCCCUGCACCUAUGUUAAACCACCAUGCGCAUUCCGGACGGAUAUCAAAUCCAAGGGCGGGUCACUCAUAUGUGAUGGGUUCGAGCUUGUUCAGUACUACGCUGUCGUCAAAGACAUUUCUUUUCCGCAUGUUAAGGACGGCGAUUGCAGUGAGUAUAUAAUUGAAGGCGAUUUAAAAAUUGAACACCCACAUUGCCAUUUAUGGCCGAUCAAGUUGGAGCCUUUUCUGGUGACCGUUUAA